AUGGGCAGACACGAGGAGGCCAAUUUUGGCAACGUCCAAAAAAAUUCCCCUGAUAUGGGGAGAUUAGAGGUGGGUCCGAAUCAGGGGAAGGAUAAUACUGAGGACACAUCCGAUGAGCCAUCUUCAAUUUUAAGUACCGUUAUUGCACUUCUAACUACCCUUGUUCCUUACGGUGGCAUGAUUUCUACCAUUUUCAGCGUUGCCGCGACGUCAGUUGGGGCUGGUAUCAUGGGCUUACCCGCAGCUUUCAGCAGUACUGGGAUCAUCAUGGCUAUCGUCUAUCUCAUUCUUAUCACGGCGGAAACUAUCUACUCCAUGCGGUUAUUGGCGCAGGCAGCUGACAAAACUAAGUUGCGUUCGUAUGAAGAGAUGUCCGCACUUUUUCAUCCUAAGGCCUAUAUUGUAGUGGGUAUUCUACGUGUACUGAACACAAUGAGUGGAACCAUUGCCUUUGUCGCUACCGUUGGGGACUUGUUGAAACCUAUACUCAAAUCUAUUGACGCAACACCCUCAUUCCUACGUGGAACGGUUGGACUCAAGUUAUUACAUGUCGGAUUCUGGUUUGUCUUUAUGUUCCCUUUCUCAUUUCCUCGGAAGUUCAGCUCCCUCCGAUAUGCAUCAAUUUUCGGGAUGAGCUUCAUGUUUUACCUGAUUGUUGUUGUUAUAGUGCACUAUUUCAUGUACGGAAUCAAAGCCGAUCCGCCCGCACGUACUAAAUUGAUAAAUACAGGAAAUACCGCACUCAACGGUAUGGGUAUUUUUAUAUUUGGCUACAUGUGCCAAAUCAAUUGCCUGGAAAUCUAUUUCGAAAUGACCAAGCGCAGCGUGAAACGAUUCACCUUGUGCAUAUCUAUCAGCCUUAUCUUCUGUGGUUUGUUGUAUCUUGCGACCGGCUUAUUUGGGUACAUGGAUUUCGGUGAAAUAACAGGGUCGAUUCUCCUUGAAUACAACCCUAUUAAAGAGCCACAGAUUUUCGUCUGUUACAUUGGUAUCUUUUUCAAGGUAUGUGUUUCGUUUGGGCUUAUCAACAACACCUGUGUGUGCGGACUAUUUCCGUUGCUUGGUUUGGACCCACAGACGGUUUCCUCCAAAAAGUAUAUCAUGGGUUCUGUAGGAUUGGCUUUCGUUGCUCUUAUACUUGCUGUUUCCGUUCCUAACAUUACCAUGGUAUUUGGAUUGAGUGGAGGUGUAUGUGGAGGCACUAUUGGGUUUAUUUUCCCCGCGCUGUUCAUAAUGUAUUCUGGGAAUUGGAAUCUGAGAUCCGUUGGAAUAAUCAACUUUGUGAGUACCUACCUUGUGCUCAUCGGAGGUGUUGUCGCAAUUGUAUUUUCAACAGUGUCCGUCGUUCAUUCGAUGAUCAGUUAA